GCUACAACGACGUAACGCCUGAUCCUAUUGGCACUUUGUUUGCUAGAUUGCCCCAUGCUAUAAUUUCUGGCGACAUCGCCGACUGUUCGACCACACUCGUUCCAACCCCACCUCACCCCAAUCCUCGUCCCCGCGCGCGAAGCAAUGCACACAGGGAGAUGUCGACCGCAGCAUCCCAAACGAAGGAUGUCCGAACAGCACCAAUUCACUACCCGCUGUGGUUUGGCGGGAGUGCCAGUUGCUGCGCAGCCAUUGUGACGCACCCGUUGGAUCUGCCGCAGGUCCGCUUGCAAAUGCAGAGCCAUAAGGGCCCACGCAGAGGGAUGGUGGGCAUGUUCACACACGUCGUGAAGAGCGAAGGAGCGACGGGUCUCUAUCGUGGGCUAUCUGCCGCUCUUCUACGACAGAUCACAUACAGUACGACGCGCUUCGGCGUUUACGAGGAGCUCAAACAGACCUUUGACGACGGCGUGUCAAAACCUUCGAUCACUUCCCUGAUCGCAAUGUCUUCUGCGUCGGGUUUCUUGGGAGGCAUAGCUGGCACUCCAGCCGACAUCCUCAACGUGCGCAUGCAGAACGACGCCGCCCUUCCGCCGGAGCAGAGACGUAAUUACAAGCAUGCGAUCGAUGGCUUGGUGCGCAUGAUUCGCGAGGAGGGAAUCGGAAGCUUGGUUCGAGGCGUCUGGCCCAACAGUGCGCGCGCGGUACUCAUGACCGCGUCCCAAUUGGCAAGCUACGAUGUGUUCAAGAGCCAGAUUUUAGAGCGCACAAGCCUACAAGAUGGUCUCACAGUCCAUUUCACGGCAUCUCUGAUGGCCGGCUUCGUUGCAACAACAGUCUGCAGCCCGGUGGAUGUGAUCAAGACAAGAGUCAUGAGCGCGCACACGAAGGAGAGCAUAUGGAGUCUUGUGACGCGCAUUACAGCGAACGAGGGCAUGAUGUGGGCAUUCAAGGGCUGGGUGCCGAGCUUCAUUCGCCUUGGGCCGCACACGGUCGCGACCUUCCUGUUCUUGGAGCAGCACAAAAAAUUAUAUCGAAAGUUGAAGGGUGCGGACUGAAGUCCGGAACACGCCCCUAAAGAGCAUGACCAGGCGCGGAUAAAUUAGAGACAGGCAUAUAGAGUUCCAGUGCAAUGCAUAGAGAGCGUGGCGUUGAGGGAGCAAAGUGUUGUAUAUAGCUGCUGCUAUGAUUUCUGACACUCCCAAUUGAGAGAACAUCGC